GCGGAAGAGCAGUCAGUCAGGCCGUGGCUUCAACGGAUGACAUUUCUGUGGACGUUUUAGGCUUGUUUUGUUUUGUUUUUAAAAACUACAUUCAUCGAGCCGACUUUAAAUAAAGCCAGUUUAACGCUAGAGUGCUUCCUAAAUGGUUUGGGUAGAAGCUGUGCUGUAAUUGGUUUGUAAGGAGUUUCUAACCACCAUCAUGAGUAAUUUUGGGGACGAUAGUGAUUCUGAAGUGGAUCGGAUCAUGAUGGACCGGCCGCCCAGCAGUUAUGGCUCCAUGCAUAGUGAUGAUCAUGAAGGUGAAGAGGAUGAUGAAUUUGAAGAACAUCCGCUCAAACUACCAGCAACAAGGGUCAGGCUUCACCGCUCCGAUUCGCCAGAGACUGCGAUUACUGAACGUACGAACACAAACCAGUCCAGUGUAUACAACGAUGGACUGGUCCUGAAACCACAGCACUUCAUGCACAUUGCAGAAUCUCAUGCCCGACACGGCAUUAACAGAGAGCCGUCGAUCGUGGAGCCAUCUGAGCUUCAGAGUGACAUCAGGACAGAAGCAGCGAUGGAUGAAGAGCCGAACGACAGAGACACGGAGAUGAAUGAGAGAGACACGCAGGAGCAGCAGAAUGAAAGCGCUGCGAUGGAGCAGGCAGAGACGACGAAAGAGGAGGAUGAUUUUGAUGAAAUUGUUGUAGGUUUCGAAGAACCGAAAGAUCCUCCUCCUCCUCCUCCUCCUCCGGAAGGCGUCGGCCUACAGUUUCAACACAUGCACAGCUCCCUCACCCUGCGCCAUGUGCUAAGGCAAAUGGUGGGGUGUCUUUCCCAGCUCCAUCCGGAAGAGAUCGCCUAUUUUAAGCGCUCUCUGAGUACUCACUGCAGAUUCAGGAAGAACUACUCAAGGAUUGCGGAUCUUAAUGACCCGCUGGAUCUAGCUGAUAAAAUGAUCGAGGUCUGCGGGCUGGGAGAAGCUCUGCAUCUGACCAUACGAGCCAUCCAAAAUGUCGGAAAGGACAAUCUGGCCGAACACCUAAGGAAGACCUGUAGAAGAGCCGUGUUACAGCAUGACCUGAACAUAGCCCACGACCGAUGCUAUUACUCUCUCUAUGAAGGCCGAUGUCGUCCAGGUCAGCAGCGCUACAUCAGCGACAUCUACGUCGAGCCUGUAACCGUCAUCAGAGGCAGCAGGGAGCCCAUCAACCUCGAGAAUGAGGUCUACCGGAUACCAUAUACGAUCCAGGAGACCCAAAUCAGGGCCGCCGACAUCUUUCGGCCCCUUCCUCACAAACAGAAACCCAUCCGUACGGUCAUGAUGACGGGAAUUCCCGCCUGCGGUCUAACGGUGGCCGUGAAUAAGUUCAUCAUUGAUUGGAUGGAGAGAAAAACCAAUCAGGAUUUUCAAUUCAUCUUUCCUUUGCCAGCAAAAGAACUGCACCUUGGGAAAGAUGGAAAUCAGAGCUUCCUAGAGAUGCUCGAUAGCUUUUUCGCAGAAGCCGAUGACAUUAAAUUCAUCGAGAAGCCCGAUUGCUUGAGUCUCUUCAUCAUUGAUGCUCUAGAACUUUGCAAACACAACCUAGACUUUAAAAACAAUGAAGUUAUCUCAAGCGCCAGGGUGAAAGCACCAUUAGACGCCCUUCUCACCAGCUUAAUAAAAGGCACAUUGCUUCCUAACGCUCGAGUUUGGAUCACCAGCCAUGUCACUGCCGCCCACCGAAUUCCUCCGCAGCUAAUCGACAGGUAUGUAGAGUUAAGAGGAUUCACAGAUGAAAAGAAGGAAGAAUAUUUUACCAAGAGGACGACCGAUCCUGAGCUCAGUAGGAAGGUUUAUAACCACAUGAAACGCUCCAAAGCCCUUGAGAUCAUCUGCCACCUUCCUCUCUUCAGCUGGAUGGUGGCGUUCAUCUUCGAACGAGGCUUUCGAGAUCCCGAGUACGGCAAACACCCACCUGGCAUCACGGCGUUUUAUUCACAGUUGAUCAUCGUGCAGAUGAACCGCUCGUUCGAGAAGUACCGCGGCUGCAACGUUGAGGAACAAAAGUGGAGGGAUGAAGAUAAGAUGUUUAUUGACAUGAUGGGGAAAAUGUCAUAUAGGAUGAUACAAGAAGGUCGAGACUGGUUUACGGUGGAAGAUUUGACCUCCGUCAACCUGACCUACGAAGAUUUGCGCAGUCGCGAUGAAUUAACCACUGAGGUCAAACGAAGGAACGAAGACAUUCAUACUUGGGUCUUUAAGUUUGUUCACAUUACCGUUCAAGAGUACAUGGCCGCCAUGUAUGCCUAUGUGGUGUUUCGGAAACAUGGUAAAAAUGUGAUCGAACCAAGCAAAAUGUCUUGGUUUCAGGGUCCAAAUAAGGAUCGGCCUGUGAUUGAACUGUACCGUCCUGCCAUCGACCGCGCGCUGGCGUCUCCGAAUGGUCAUCUGGACAUGUUCCUGCGUUUCCUGGUCGGAUUGGUGACUCCAGGAACUGAGGAUAACCUGCGCGGAUACCUGCUCGGUCACUAUCACCCCAAAGCCAAAGGCACAGAGGAAGUGGUCAAAUACAUCAACAAAAAAAUGAGAGAUAACAUCCAUCCUGACAGGAGAAGAAAUCUGGAGUUGUGUCUGGUGGAGCUGGAGGAAGGAAAAGAGUCAAGAUGAGAAGAAACCAAGCAGGACCGUGUUCAAUCUGUUAAGCGAGACUGUGAAACACUAAACUAAACGCAGUGUCUCACAGGAACGACUCGGUUAAAGGGAUGGUUCACCCUCUCAUUAUUUACAA